AUGGUCGGAGUACAUCGCUACCACGUUGUCGUGCACCUGUCCGAAACUGAGCGACUUUUGCUCGUCGUACCCUUUCCGGAAAAGGAACACGUCUUCAAAUUCAAGCAGGAAAUCAGACGACGAGCCAUCCAGCACGGCGUAUGGUCGAGAUGCACCGACAUGGUUCUCUACAUCGAAUACAUGAGCAAGGAAUACCUCAUGGAUGAUAUGGAUAGCCUGGACUCUGCCUUGUCUUACAGCUUUACGGAUAUCGUUGCGAGACCCAGAAUCCCGCGUGCAAUCCAUGACGACGAACCGAAGGUUACCGAUGAUCGGGUCUGUAUGGACGCUAUGGUGAGUCGAUUCGCUUCUCUCAGUGUUGCUGGUUUGUUUUUGUUAAACUUGUUGCUUACUUUGCUAGGGACUGCUGUCGAAGGAGUCUUUGAGCUGUACGUCGGACCAGCCGGUGGAACGGUCGAAACCGUCCCCGUCGUCAAGAUCUUGGCUGAAGAGGCUGGUUUCAAGAUCUGGGUGAUAUACCGGGUUUCGCCAAGCACCCUCAGAAUAUCACCAUAUGAAUAUCCGCAUACUUGCCGUCUUGCUUGGUGUCAUCGUGUCUUCUACUGCUGCAUGAAACUAAAGCGUCGUUACUUACCAUUCGCGCUUCGUGACUGAUUAAGGUAACACUGAUUCCGUCCUGAAGCUCCAUUUAGCUGGUGU